AUGAUGUUCACCAAGUCCCUCCUUGCCGCCGUCGCCGGUGCAUCGAUGGUCAAUGCCCACAUGAUCAUGAGCAACCCUGUCCCUUACAGCAAGGAUUCACUCAACAACUCCCCUCUGGCUGCCGACGGAAGCGAUUUCCCUUGCAAGCUCCGCCCUAACACCUUCGACGUUACCAAGGAAAACAUCAUCGCCCAGGGUGCAAGCCAGGAAUUGACCUUCGAGGGUAGUGCCGUUCACGGCGGUGGCUCCUGCCAGAUCAGUCUGACCACUGAUCGUCAGCCCACCAAGGACUCCACCUGGAAGGUCAUCAAGUCUUUCGAGGGUGGCUGCCCUGCCAAUGCUGAUGCCAAUCUUCCCGGCAAUGAUGAUGCUGUAUUCCAUUUCGAGAUGCCCGAGGACAUUGAGGCUGGCAAGUACACCCUCGCCUGGACCUGGUUCAACCGCAUCGGAAACCGUGAGAUGUACAUGAACUGCGCUCCCGUCACUGUGACUAGUGGAUCCAAGAAGCGAGCUCCUGAGGAAGACAAGGUCAUUGAGAAGCGCACCGCAAACUACCCUCCCAUGUUCGUUGCCAAUAUCAACGGCUGCACCACCAAGGAAGGCAUCGACAUUCGCUUCCCUCAGCCUGGUGGGAACGUCCAGUAUCUUGGCCGGACGGCCAACCUGGCACCCGAAGGCCAAGACGCAUGCACUGGCACUCCCUCCUUCGGCGGUGCUGGUAACUCUGGCUCGGGCUCGGGCUCGGGCUCGGGCUCCAGUUCUGGUUCUGGUUCUGGCUCCUCUGCUGAGCCUACCACUGCUCUCACUACCACUGCUGCCCCUGUUCCGGUUCCCACCCAGACUACUGCUCCUGUGGUUCCCCAGCCUGUUCCCUCGAGCACUUCGGCUGCCCCUGCUCCAUCUGCAUCUUCCGGAGGAUCUUCGGGCACCACAUCCAGCGCUGGUACUCUCACUGGUGCUUGCAGCCCGGAGGGCCUGUGGAACUGCAUCGCCGGCACUUCAUUCCAACGCUGCGCUGGUGGCCAGUGGUCCAUCGCUCAGCAACUGGCCUCUGGUACCAAGUGUGACGCCGGCCAAGGCUCUGAGCUUUCCGUGUCUGCCACUAAGAGGGCCCGUGAGAUCUCCGCUCUGCGCUUCCGCAAGCGCACCGUCGGUGAUUCACACCAUGCUUAG